UGGUCCAUAUAAAAGAAUAUAUAAAGGAGGUCGCAACUUAAGAAUAGAUGCAGGAAUUUUAAGUGUUGAUCUGUCAUAUUUCAUCUUUUAAAAAUGAUUGCAUCAAUUAAUUGAAUUAAGUUUCGGGUUAGGUUGACUGGUUUUUGGUAUGAAUAAUCAACUUCUCUUUCUAGCUGGUUUAAUUUUUCAGUUGAAAGCCUUUCUGGUAUAAGUGGGAAAGGUUCCAUGAAGUGAGCUAAACCAUAGGCCACUAUUCCAAAUAUUCCAUCUCAUCCACUUUCUGUAAAACUUGAAGCAGAACAGUUGAGAUCCUAAACUAAACAUUAGAAAUAGAAAGAGUUCAACAACUCCAUAUCUUCGGCUAGCUCCUGCUACAAAACUCAACCUAUAUAUACAUACACUUACAUAUCCUUCAAUCCAUCAAGAAAAACACAAGCAAAUCAUCUUGAAUUUCUAGCAGUUUUCCCUUGUCAGAACCAUAGGAUGGAAGCCUACAAACUCAUUUGUAUAUCUCUCAUCUUCACAAUUGCAUUCUCCACUUCAGCAAGAAUGCUUGAUGAGCAACCCUCAAACCCGGCCAACGCUGGUGUGACACCUGUCGCUAAUGUACCAUCAUUGUCCACCCCAUCAGGAACACUACCUAAACCUAGUGUGGCUGCAGCCACUGGUGCCAAUCUUGGUAACCCUGACCCUGACCACACCCUAACCUUCUUCAUGCAUGACAUCCUUGGAGGGUCAAACCCCAGUGCUCUAGCAGUGACUGGUGUUGUCAGCAACCCGGCAAUCAAUGGUCAACUUCCAUUUGCCAAGCCAAAUGGUGCAAACCUCCCAGUGAACAAUGGAAUAAACCAAAACAGUGGUAAUACCGGCCUUAUAAACAACAAUAACGUUCCAUUGCUCACUGGCCUUGGUGGCAACACGCAAGCUUUGUUGCAGAACAAUGGCAACAACUUGAACAAUGGGGCACUAAACUUCCCAAUCACAGCUGGAGGCCAACUUCCCUCAGGGUCUACACUCCAAAAGCUCAUGUUUGGAACCAUGACUGUCAUUGAUGAUGAGCUGACAAUAGGGCAUGAGCUAGGCUCUGGCUUCCUUGGCAAGGCACAAGGGUUCUAUGUGGCUAGUUCAAUUGAUGGAACCAGUCAAACAAUGGCAUUUACAGCCAUGUUCGAGAGUGGACACUAUGCAGACACCCUUAGUUUCUUUGGGGUUCAUCGCACUGGCGUAUCGGAGUCUCAUUUGGCCAUCAUGGGUGGUACUGGAAAAUAUGUUAACGCAAAAGGUUUUGCCAUUGUUAAGACCAUACCAGGGACUAAUCAGCAGCAGGAGACUGAUGGCUCUGAGACAGUGCUAGAGUUCACUGUUUAUGUUACCUAUUAGAUGUGAUUUGAGAGUCAAAAAAAUAUUGAUUUUAAGUCAAGCUGCCUAGAAAAGAAGUGAAAUACGACGUGAUUUAUUUGGAAAGUUGCACUGUUAUGAAUCUGAAAAAGAAUGGAAAAUUUACAAUUUGUUUGUCUAAUCUUUCAAAGAGGUUUUCUAUCUGCUAACAGCUUACUGUUUUUUGUUUCUCCACUCAUUCUCAUUUGACUCCUCUCAAGCUCUCAUUUUUAUCUUUAAAAAAUUCAAUAAACUUCAGUUUAUUCAACAACGAGUUGCUUUCUUUAUUAUUUUAUGAUUAAUAUUGG